AUGGAUGCCCUCGUAGAUCAGGCGCCCGCCGCGCUUCCAGUAGACACUUCAGUCGACCAAGAAAUGUCAGAUGCGCCUUCAGCAGGAACUGUGCGCGCACGCGAAGAAGAAGACGAUGCGACUGGCGAGCCUUCCGCAAAGCGCACGAAGACUGCAGACGAUGUUAGUGAUGAAGCGCAAGCUGAAUUCGAAAACAGCGGAGCUGUGAGCGCUGUUCAGGCUGCGCCUGUUACAACAAACGGUGGAACUAACGGUAUUGCCGUCCCUGUUGUUCGCCCUCAGAACACUCCUCGCAUCAGCUCUGGCCCCAUCACCAAGAACCAAAAGGCUUUCUUGAUCGAAAAGAUGAAGAACACCAAGAAAGUCAAGUCUGCCUUCUGGUUCACCAAGCCUGUCGAUUAUGUGACCCUGAACAUUCCCCAUUACCCGACUGUUAUCAAGCAACCCAUGGAUCUUACCACGAUUGAGCAAAAACUCAAGAACGACCAAUACUCAUCGGUCGAUGACCUUGUGUCUGACUUCGAGCUUAUGGUUACCAACUGCUUUACCUUUAAUGGCAUUAACCAUGCUGCUUCUGUUUCGGCGCAAAACCUCCGAGCUUAUUUCGUGAAGCAGAUGCAGAUGUGUCCUACUGGAGAAGCUGCGAUGCCCAAACAAAAGUCGCAUGUCGUCAAAAAGUCAUCACCAAAGCCUGCAGCUCUCCCUCGCCCCGAGCCAGCCAAGCCUUCUGCACCGGUCAAGUCGCCUGCUGGCGAGACUUUUGCUCUCUUGCCUGAUGGAACACCAAUGAUCCGCCGAGACUCAACUGCUGGCAGGCCCAAGCGGGCAGUCGUCCCUCCGGCCCCACGCGAUCUACCUUAUUCAACGUCCAAGCCCAAGAGAAAGGAAGCUCAGACUGGUCUGAAGUUCUGCGAGCACAUUUUGGAAGAGUUUCGCAAGUCAAAGUACGAUCGCUUCGCCACACCAUUCCGCAUUCCCGUCGAUCCUGUUGCCCUCAACAUUCCCCAGUACUUCAGCAUUAUCAAGCACCCCAUGGACAUCUCUACGAUCACCCAGAGGCUGAAGGGAGGACAGUAUGCGACGGCCGAAGAGUUCAGAAGUGAUUUCGAAUUGAUGUUCACCAACUGCUUUAGAUUCAACCCUGCCGAAAACGUUGUGCACCAAAUGGGCAGAGACUUCCAGGCCGAGUUCCACAGAGAGUGGGCCAAGAAGGAUAGCUGGAUCAAGAGACACACGCCACAAUCUCAACGCGCUAGUCCCGUGUCAGAUGUUUCUGAUGGCGAUGAGUCUGAUGAUGCUCACGAGGAAGACGAUGAACAUGACAACAAUGAGGCCACGAUCUCUCUGCUCAGAGAGCAACUGGCCGCCAUGCAGAACAUGGUUGCAUCAAUUUCUGGCGGCAAACGCGCAUCUCCCAAGGCCUCUGGUAAUAAGAAGAAGAGCAAGAGCGGCAGCAAUGUUGCCAGCAAACCCAGCAAGAAGUCCGGUGGCAGCUCCAGCCUUUCUCGGCCUACCAUCAAGACCAGUUCUAAGCCUAAGAAGCAACGCCUGGUUACAUAUGAUGAGAAGCAGGAAAUCAGUAGCGCUACAGAACACAUGAGUGCCGAACAGGUUGAAAAGCUGACCAACAUCAUCACUGAGAAUGUUGCUAAGUACAAGGACAUGGCUGGCGACGAUGUCGAGCUCGAGAUUGACGAUCUGCCCAAUGAGGUGCAGCACAAGCUGCUACGUUACGUCCGCAGCAUUUUCCCCAAGGCUGAGCCAGUCGAGAUGGAUGCCAACGCCAUCGAUGACGAUUAUGAGCCCGAGAAGCCGUCAGCACGUUCUGGCGGAGCUGCGAAGAAGAAGCACAAGCCCAUGAAGAAGCAUGAGCAAGAGGAUCGCAUCAGACAGCUCAAGGAGCAGAUGGCUGCCAUGUCUGGUGAUGUCAACUCUGUUGGUGGUGGUGCAGCACCUUCAGCUCCUCACAAUGCCGACAGCAGUGAUGACGACGACAGCGAGAGCAGUGAAGAAGAGUAG